AUGGUAGUUGUUUCAUUUGUUGUUAAUAGAAUUCCAUUUUCAAGACAUAUUCCCAUAAUUAAAAACUUUACCACUGCGAGUACCACAACCACCACAACUAAUCUACUGGAAAGUGAAACUGAAGAUGAAGAUGAAGUAGGGUCUUCUAGUGAAGAAGAAGAAAUCAAACCCAUAGUUGUCACUACAACCAAAGAUAAGGUUCAUUCAAAAUUACUUGCUAAUAGAAAUAAUUGUUAUAGCUCAUCAAAACAACAAGAAACAGACAACAACAACAACAAGGAAAAUGAUUUUGAUUAUGAUGCUAAUAUUUUUGAUAGUCCAAAGAAACAAUCCCAUUUGGGUUCAGUUGAUGGAUCUUCUACAUUAUCAGUAUCUGAAAGAUUAGCUCGUAGAAAAUCAAGAAAGUUGAAAAAUAAUAUAUUGUUACCACCACCAAGAUUUGGUCUUUCAGCAACAAAUAUGUCUAAUUCAUCAUCAUCAUUAAGUUCAAGUUCAUCUGCUACUGCUAUUACAUCAAGAAAUGAUUCAAAAUUUGUUGAAACAUUAACUCAUGAUUAUUAUGAUACCACUACCACUACCAAUACUACUACUCCUACUCCUACUCCCCCUACUAUUGAUAUUGAUAAAGAUUAUAGAAUGAAACAAUAUUUAACUGAUCAAAAUAAUAAAUUUGAUCAAUUAAUUACUAAAAAUUUAGAUAUUGUUUUAAAUGGUGAUAUAACUAAAGAUCCUAAUGAAAAAAUCUUACAAUUAAUUUAUGAAAAUAAACUGUCAAUAUUGAGUUAUAUAUAUAAAACUGGGAAAACUCAAUUAUCUUCAAGAUUACCAUAUAUUCCUUAUUUCAAUCCUAAAACAUCAACAAACGAAACUAAUGAUGAUAUAUUUUCUGAUUCUUCUCCAACACUACUAGGUAGUAGUAGUAGUAGUAGUCCAUUUAUGGAUCAAAUUGAAGGUAAUGUUGAUACCAUGGAUUUAAUAGAAAUUGAAGAAUUAAUAUCAUUACUUGAUAAUAAUGAACAAAAAAUUGAUUAUUUUAUUAAUUCAUUAAAUGAUAAUACUAAACAAUUGCUUAAACGACGAUUAGAAAAAGAUGUUGAUAGUAAAAGUGAAGCUAUAAAAAAUUUGAUUAUUAUUAGUUGCAGAAUUACAUUUAAAAUUAUUCGUAGAAUUCAAGAUAUUUUUAAUCAUAGAAAUAUGGAUACAUUUAUUGAAUAUGUUUUGAAAAUUAUGGUUUAUUUAGAUUCUAAAUUAGAUGAAGAAACCAAGAAAAAAAUAAAAUAA